AUGAACUUACGUACGCUUCAUUGCUGCCGAUUCUCUCCAAAAGGUGGUGAUUCUGGUGAUUCUCUUCGUGGUGAACUUGUCUGGACAAUCACUCUUUUUUCUCUUUGUACUCUUCCUAACACUCUUGUCAUGGGUGUCCCUCUUUUGAAGUCCAUGUAUGGAGAAUUCACAUCACCUCUUAUGGUUCAAAUAGUGUUCUUGCAGAGUGCAAUUUGGUACACUUUGAUGUUGUUCAUGUUUGAAUAUAGAGGUGCAAAGAGACUCAUUGCUGAGAAAUUUCCUGAAACAGCUGCCUCUAUUUCAUCUUUCAAGGUUGAUUCGGAUGUUGUCUCUCAGUGGUUCUACAGUGGUGCAUCACCGAACAAAGAGCUUCACAUGUUUGUUUGGAGUCCAAGUGUCUCCUCUAAUCCUUCUGAUAGAUAUUUGAGACCUGAUGAAAUAAAUGGUAAAGUACCCACCAACUCUGAUUCUUUGGUUAUUGAUUCUUCAAAUCCAGCGCAGCUCUGUAGCGUGACAAUAUCAUUGCUGCAUGCUUCAACAGGUAUACCAUGGGUCAUCUUUGGAAUGGUGGUUGCGUUGCCUGUUACAAUUAUAUAUUAUGUGCUUCUCGAGCUUUAA